CUUUUUUUUAUUUUGCUUCAAAUAACUUGAGCUAAAUUCAAGCGUUAAAGGCUAUUGAAAGCACUUUCAAACAAUGUGGUUUGCUGUUACAUGACCUUGGUUCACAACAAGUAAAAGAGACUCUGGUAAUAAUCCUUGAAGGAAACUCACUUUUAGUAUUGACUUGGAUGUCCAUGAUCAACCAAAGCAUAUCCCCACUUGAUAGGUUCAACAAAAUGCUUACAUGUAAGAUUCUAUCAUGCCUACACUAAUCUAAUUUUAACGUCUCUAAAGUGUCCCCCCUCAUUCUGUGCAGAUCUCUUUCUCUCUUUCUCACUCUUUCUAAUUCAGUUUCCGCUAUUAUUAUUCUCGAAAGUUUUUUUUUUUUUGAUUUCCACUGUUACUCUUUUCCAAAUGUCAAGUGAGAAUUUAACCAACCUUGCUAAACCAACGUCAGACGCUACGAUUACAGUUCGCUGUAUAAAGAACUUUGAAUAUCGCACAUGUAAAAACCUCGUUCUUCAACACGUUAAUUUGGAGACUUGCACUGUUGGUGAUUUAAAAAAGCUCGUUUUAGAAAAGAUUCAUACACAGCCUGGCUGGAAACCCUAUUUGAACGUCAAAUUUGAUACGCUUAAAGUUUAUACAGUAGCUCAUGGCCACAAGACUAUGAACCUUAUUAUCAAUACUGAGGAUGAUGACAAGUUGAUCCUUUCGGACGAUAGUGCUGUAUUGGCUUGGCAAGGCAUUGAAAAUGAGACUGAGCUAUCCUUCUUUCAUAUGGAAGACUAUAAACAAUUCAAGUCACAUCCUGAUGUCAUUAAAUGGUAAAAGAAUAUCCUUCAUUUAAUAAAAAUAUCCAAAUUUAGACUUUUUAAAAAAAAAGUGUUACAGAGCAUUGUCCUACUUUUUUUCUUUAGUAUCUUUCCUCGUGUAAAUCGUCAAUCAGAAAAAGCAAUCGCCUACUUAAUGU